AUGGAAAGCGUUGAAAUUAAUCCAGAAAUAUUUUCACAAAUAUUUAAAAUUGUAGUCGACUCCAAUGUUACCAAAGUCAAAAUGGCAGUCCGAACAUUUUACAACUUUUUUUUGUAUAUAAAUAAAUCUGUUGACAUUAAAAUUCAACGCAAAUUGUUUAAAACAGUGUUUUUGUACUUCCAACCAUGUAAGAGUUACGCGAUAUAUAUGGGGGAUCGAGACGAAACUUCUGAAAUGUUUGAGAAGAUUAACGAAGCUGUUAAAACACUUUCCUGUGAGAUAUACAUAGAUUGGUCUGAUGAAAAGGGAUUUGAUCAAUAUGUCAGUCUCACGCCAAACUGCAAGAAUUACACUUCGACGAUAUUUUUAGAUGUAUUAGACACAUUCCGUCCAAUCUGUAACAGUGGUUUAGUGACAGUCAACACAACAGGAUUUAGAAAAUUGAUAGAGACGACUAAACUUGAAAGUGUUAUUCGUAAUUGUUACCCGACACAAAUAGAGUUUGUUGGAAACUGA